AUGUCUUACGGCGGCAACGACGACUCCAACUACGGUUCCUCCCGCAGGGACAACGAGGACAGCUACGGCACCUCGGGAACCACGGGCUACGGCUCGUCCAACACCCGUGGGGACAACGACUCGUACGGCUCGUCCCGCCGCGACAACGACAACGACAACAGCUUCGGCUCUUCCCGUCGUGACAACGACGCAUCGGACUCGUACGGCUCCUCCGGCCUCGGCAGCGGCAACAACGACUCGUACGGCUCCUCCCGCCGCGACAACGAGGACAGCUACGGCUCCUCGGGGACCACGGGCUACGGCUCCUCCAACACCCGUGGUGACAACGAUUCCUACGGCUCCUCCAACCGUCGUGACAACGACACCUCGGACUCGUACGGUUCAUCCGGCCUAGGCCGCGGCGACAACGACUCGUACGGCUCCUCCCGCAACACGGGCGCCUCGUCCAACCUUGCCGGCGCCGACUCCCUCUCCUACAACGCCUCGGACAACAACAAGAGCAGCAGCAACUACGACAACGACAGCUCCAACACGUACGGCUCGUCGACCUCGCGUCGCGACAACGACAGCUCCAACACAUACGGCUCGUCGACCUCGCGCCGCGACAACGACACCUCCGACUCGUACGGCACCUCGACGACGUCGGGCGCCUACGGCCGGGGCAGCGACGACAACGACACCUCGUACGGCAGCAACGACAGCCGCAAGGGCGGCGACAGCAAGGUCGGCAAGAUCCUCGAAAAGGCCGGCGACCUGUUCAACAGCGACAAGCUCGAGUCCAAGGGCCAGGCGAAGCGGGGCAACGCCGCGUACGGCAACGACGACAACGACUACUAG